CUUACUGACUGUGUCCCUCAUACGCUGUGGUGUCUCUCAAAGUUGGGGUCGCUGUUCCAGUACCCGUACCUAAUGUGUAAAUGCAAUACAUUGUCUCACCGAAAAGAGAACACUUCUAAGCUAAAUACGGCGAAUAGUUAUCUGGUAACUAGAACUCAUCGUUGUCGACGUCUGCGAAGAAAUGGCUUUCUGUCACGCUCUGGAGAAGUUUGUCGGCUUCGGACUUUUCAACAAAACCUUGUUGACUGCUAUCAUCAUUCUGCAAACGUGGCAUGAAACGUUGAGCUACUUCGGACACUUGUUUGCGCUGCUAACGCCUGACAACCAAUGGUGUAUCAACAACCAGAGCGAAUGGAAGACGUUCAACGAAUCCACCAUGAAACCCGGAGCCUGCCAGUUUCUGGAACAGUCCAAGGACAGUGAGAAUGUUACAGUCAUCGUAGACAAAGAAUCCACGUGCGAUUCUGGUUGGAUCUACGACGACAGUAUAUUUCUCACGGCUACCAUGGAGAAAGCUUGGUUGUGCGGGGAGAGCAAUCAGUUGUACAUCAUUCAUACUUGCCACUGGGUCGGUUCGAUCGUAGGAUUUCUCAUAUCAGGAUUCUUAGCUGACAGGUUCGGAAGAAAGAAGACAGUUUGUGGAUUGCUGCUGAUGACCAUACUGAGUAAUCUGGGAAGCGUACUGUUUACUGAUCACACCGCUUUCUCAGUCUUUCGUUUCUUCUCUGGUGCUGGUACAUACACAGCGUCCACCUCUUGUUUUAUACUAGUCAUGGAGUACACCAUCGCAUCGAAGCGGACACUGGUAGGAUUCAUCUGGGGAUUGAACUGGACGCUUGCAGGCACUGCGUACCCGUGGUACGCCAGCUAUAUAUCCAGUUGGCGGGGACUCUUCAUCACCACAGCUGCAGUGGAAGCUGUGUUGCUAUUUGUUUUCUGGUGGGCACCGGAGUCAUCUUCGUGGCUCUUAUCUGUUGGUAAGAAAAAGGAGGCUACAGUUAUCCUCCUCAGGAUAGCGAAGAUAAACGGAAAUGUCGUCACUGAAGAUCAAAUGGAAUCGUUCUUAUGCCAGAAAGGUGAGGACGAUUCGGAAAUCAGCUGUGCGAGAGAUACAAAGGGAUUUUGGAGGACAACUCUCGCACUGGUUGAGACACCAAGGAUUCGUCGCAACACCCUCCUAAUUUUGCCCAUAUGGUGCAUGAUGACUAUGUGUUACUACGUGGGCUCCCUGCACUUGGGUCGCUUGGGCCUCGACGUCUAUGCCACAUAUUCUGUGACGUCCGCUUUCGAGCUUCCCAUGAACAUCAUUUGCAUAUUGGUGCUCGAUCGCCUGGGUAGACGGUGGCCGAACUUCAUGUUCAUGUUAAUUGGCGGUGUCGUCAGCAUCAUAAUGGUUAUCGUGAAAACAGACUCUGAUGCUUGGACACUGGUGAUGGCAGUGACGUUCAUGACUUGCUUCAGCGGAGGCUUCAACAUCACCUGCCAGAUCGGAGCAGAAAUAUUCCCGACUGUUAUCCGUGCUAGAGCCGUUCUUCUACAACACCUCAUGAGCGACAUCGGGAGCGUCCUGGGGACACCCGUCGCUGCUACGGUUGAAUGGGACCAGUAUCUCCCUGUGCUUGUGUGUGGCAUAUUGGCUCUCAUUACGGCUAUGAUGCUCCCGUUCCUUCCCGAGACUGUCGGUCUACCUUUGCCGCAAACAAUCACCGAUGGGGAAAACUUAGGGAAAGACAGGGGCUUCUGUUUCUGUCCCUGUAUACCAACGAAAGAAACUCGCGAACAGAUGGGCAAGGAAGAGCACACCAUGUCUAUGUUGACGGGCCACCACGAUCCUAUUGUGCAACGACGUGUAUGAUAUGAAAUACUGACCAGAGGAACGGAGUUCACGUUCAGCCUCAGCCCACACGGUGAUUGCUUUCUGGAUAAUGAGCAAUCGCCUAUGAACACUGAAGAACAUCAACAUAACAUCAUCAAUGAACAUCAUUUAUUCAAUAACAGAUAUUAUUUGUCCCGGGCACAAUAAACAUUUGUGUUAGAUCAGA